AUGGAGGCAUCUUAACUCAUAAAAUCAUCCCAAUUACAAUAAAAUUAUAAAGUUCUUGAGCUUAUCGGCAACGGAACAUAUGGAGAUGUUGUGCUAGCUCAAGACUUAAGAGGGAACGGUGAUGAAUAAGUCGCCAUUAAAAUUAUUAAAAAUAACAAGGAGAGAAAAAAUCAAAUCUCCUCCAUACAAAAUGAAAGAAUAAUUCUUGAGAAAUGUAAAAAUCAUCCUUUCUUUGUAUAGUCUAAGGAAUUUGUGAAAGAUAAAAGCUGCUCUUUCUUUAUUAUGGAAUAUGUUUAAGGUGGAGAACUCUAUGAUAUUAUACAAAAUAGAGGACAUUUAUCUGAAGAUGCUGCAAGAUUUUAUGCAAGCUAAGUUCUGAUUGCACUAGACUACCUUCACUAGAACGAUAUUGUUUACAGAGAUCUCAAACCAGAAAACAUACUUCUUGAUGAAAAUGGAUAUGUAAAACUCACAGAUUUUGGCCUCUCAGAAGUCGAAGUAGUCUCACCCACUCUCGAUAAGAUAUGCGGUACUCCUGAGUAUGUUUCUCCUGAAAUGCUUUUUGAGUCAGGAUAUGGCAAACAAGUAGAUCAUUGGGCUCUAGGAGUUCUAAUAUUCGAAAUGAUAACUGGUCAUACUCCAUUUGAAGCUAAAUCACAAGAAGAAUUAUUCGAGAAAAUAAAAUUUUCUCAAGUUACUUACCCUGCUUGCAUUUCCCCAUAACUCAAAAGUCUUUUAGAAGGUCUCUUUAUGAAAAACCCUUCAAAGAGGUUAGGUGCUAAAGGAAUUGAAUAAAUCAAGAAGCACCCAUGGUUCAUUAAAACAAGUUGGGAAUCUCUUAAAAAAAAAUUAUUAAAAGCUCCAUAUAAAAACCUCAUAACCAAAAAAUUAGGAAGAGAAAAUAAUCAAAGCGACUCCAGCGAUAUUUUUGCAAAUUUAACAAAAGAUUCUAGUCCUACUAUCUCUCUUGAUGGAUCUUUUUGA